GCCGCCCACCCAUCGUGGCUCCAGACCAUGUCACUGGCAAGAGCCAUCAUUGCACCCCCCGCUCCUCUCUCUGCAUGCCAGGGGACACCAGGGCAUGACCCACGAAUAGGCAGACCCCGACCUCAGGGACGACCAGAAGGCUGACCCACACCACCAGCCAGGGCUCCAGGAUUCGCGCCAUCUGCUGGCACAGUGGGCCAGACCCUGCCUGUUCCUCUUUCUCCUCUUGUUUUAGGACAAACAGAUGGAUUUCUGUUGGGAUCCUUGGCAGAGGUGCUUCCAGACCACCAACGGCUACCUGUCCGACUCCAGAUCCUGCUCCAGCAACUACAACGUGGCAGCCCUGGCCACCUCGUCCCUUGUGGGAGUGGUGCAGAGCAUCAAGGACCACAUCACAAAGCCCACGGCCAUGGCACGUGGUCGCGUGGCCCACCUCAUCGAGUGGAAGGGCUGGAGCGCCCAGCGCUCAGGCUGGGAGCUGUCCGCAGCCGAGGACGAGCAUUACUGCUGCCUCCCAGAUGAGCUUCGUGAGGCCCGCUUUGCCGCAGGGGUUGCUGAGCAGUUUGCCAUCACGGAGGCCACACUGAGUGCCUGGUCCUCGCUGGACGACGAGGAGCUGCACCCAGAGAACAGCCCCCAGGACAUCAUCCAGCUACAGGACCUGGAGAGCAUCUACCUUCAGGACAGUCUUCUGAGUGUCCCCUCGCAGGAUGACAGUCUUCUGGCCUUCUCCUCCCCCGAUGGAUGGCCCUCACCUGACGAGCCCCCCACCAUAGCCUCUGGCCCGCAGCCCCCCAGCCCCGAACAGCAGCACUGGCAGCGGCUACUGGGGGCCCCGGGGCCCGAGGGUGGGGCCCGCCUGCAGGGCUCCCUCCCGUCGGUGGACAGUGGCUCCCUCUCGGAGGAGGAGGACGAGGUGUUCUAUAACUGAGGCGGAGGCCGGAGCCUGCUCACACCGUGACCU